GAAAUAUUGGAGGCGUAUCCUGACGGACUAGAUAUGGUAAUUAACAGCCACGGUGGAGACGAUGUUGAAAAAUGCAUAAAGCUGCUUAAACCGUUUGGGAGGUUGAUCAUUAUUGGUUCAAACAGCUCAGCUGCAUAUCCAAAAGCGUGUUGGUUGGGAAAACCGACUUGGAACAGCGGAAAUAUAGCCUCUUCGGAGAUAAUCAGGAAGAAUGUGAUUGUAACGGGUGUGAAUGCUGGGGACUUCCUGGAAAACAGUCCUCAGGGUGCACGAUGUGUAAUGGAACAGAUAUUUCGAUUGCACGCCAGCCGGAAAAUAAAGCCCAUAGUUGACUGCUUUUUAUCUCUCAGCAAGGUAACUGACGGUUUGCGGAAGCUGAGCAGCAGGAAAAACUACGGCAAAGUGGUUUUGGUCGUACGACUUUGAUCAGCUCCACCAAUGAGAAAACGGGACUGAGUUCAG